GUCCGCGGGCGGGUAUUCGAUUGAUGCAUACUGGAAAAGUGGUAAAGAUGCACUAAAACGCGGCCAUUGCUUUUAUCAAAACUAACCUCGAACGCCCGCAAUUCUCAUCUUCAUGCCAGCAAACUACUGUCCGUCGGCAAUAACCAGUCUCCUGGAAAUGAAAAGAAACUAGGCACACUCGCAAUAAUCACAAGAAGAGACAAGGCAAGCUAAAAACCUUGAUAUGCCCUGUUAAGCCGAAAUAUCCACCAUGUUUCGGGCGCAACAACAAGCCAUGUCUCAAGAGGGAUCAGCAUCGUCACCACCUCAGUCAAUUCGCCGCCAACCAGACAUCAAUGCAUACUCGGCCUCUUGGUCACGCCCUCUGAAGCAAUUCGGGCUCUUUUUCCUAGGUGCUGCCUUUACCGCGGCAUCUGUCGGGGUGUCUCGCCGGUCUGUGGUGCGUCGCCAGCGCGAUUCUUUCCCAAAGUUUUACACAUCCAACCGCCCUGGGCCCGAGGAUGGCAACAAUUCGGAAGGCGCUCUACUGGGAAUCCACGCUUUAGGAUUGGCGACACUCAACGUUUCAAGCUUUGCGGUGCUUCUAACGGGAGGGCUAUCGUGGGCGUUUGAUUUAAGCUCUGUUGAUGAGCUGAGGACGAGGACAAAGGCUGCCCUACAGAGACCUGGGGGUGAAGUCAGUCCGGAAGACGAGAAAGAAUUUGAGCAGAUGAUUGACAAUCUGAUGGCGAAGUUGGGAAUGGAUAAGGUCUCAAGCAAGGACGGAGAUGAUGGAAACCAGAAAGACUCGGGAGAGAAGUAACGGCUUGGUUUCAGAAGUUUUAUCACGCAAUUUUUACGCCAAGAUCUUGCUAUUCUAUGGCAAAAGGCAGGAUCAAGAAGGCGACACUCUGAUAUGCCAAGAUGA